AUACCUAAUUGCCUACAAGGCAUGAUUUAGGCCAGUUUGGAUGAGAGGGAAUACUGGGAGUGGGAGCAUAGUAGAAAGCUCACGUGUGUUGAUAAUCUAGUCUUCUCUAUAUAUAAUCCACUAUUUUUGUCUCUCUUCUUGUCUUGUCUCUCUUCUGUCUCUCACACUCAGAUACAGAUGGCUGGGGAAACAGUAACACAAACAAAGUGGGAAGGCAAAGCCUGUGUUGAACUAGCAAUUCCAACAGCACAAGAAGUUUGGCCUCUGGUGGAGGACUUUUGCAACCUACACAAAUGGCUUCCUACUAUUGAUACAUGUUACCAAGUGGAUGGGAUCCUUGGUCAGCCUGGAAUGGUCCGGUACGUCGCCACCACCACAACAACUUCGUCGAACGGCAAUGAAGAAACGAUGAUCAAGUGGGCUAAAGAGAAACUGCUGAUGAUUGAUCCCAUCAAACGGUGUUUGAGCUAUGAGAUUACUGAUAAUAACAUCGGCAUGAAGUCUUACGUGGGGAAAUUCAUAGUGUCACCAAUCAACGAUGAUGGCGAAAAUGGGUGCAAGAUGGAGUGGUCCUUCGUCUGUGAUCCGAUUGAAGGUUUGAGAUUUGAAGAUUUUCUCCCUUAUAUUGAGACUGGCCUCCAGUCCAUGGCAAAGAAAAUGGAAGAUACCCUCUUAUCUACUAGGUGAAAUCUGGCCCUACAUGCUUUAUAUUUGUGUUGCUACUGCUGUUGUUGACGAAUAAUUUUGUCAUCCUUCGGCAUAUAUGUGAAAAUAUGAUCCUUUCUCAAAAGUUAAAAUAUCGAUUCGGUAUAUUGUGAGAGAGAUGAUGUAUGUGUUGGAUGUACAAAAUCCGUUUUUGUGGUUGAUACAACGAUUAGAAAAUUUGCAAUGUUUUAUGUGUUUGAGGUGUUGUUCGAAAAAAAACUUAUUAUAUUGUGCUGAUCUCUUAAGUUGAAUAUUGAUUGUUGACUAUGCAUUUACAGUGUUUACUUUUUAUGUA